AUGUUGUUCCUGGAGACUCCCACCAAUCCCGGUUUGGAUGUCGUGGACUUGAGCGAAGCGCAUGCUUUUGCGGAGCGCAACGGACUCAUCCUCAAUGUGGACAACUGCUUUGCUACGCCGUAUUUGCAACAGCCCGCAAAGUUUGGUACACAAAUCAUCACGCAUUCCGCCACCAAAUUCAUUGAUGGUCAAGGUCGUGUGAUGGGCGGUGUGGUUUGCGGCACCAAGGAGCUUAUCGCCGAGGUGCGCAAGUUUUGUCGCUCCACAGGUCCGUCGCUAUCGCCCUUCAAUGCAUGGGUGCUCUCUAAAAGCCUCGAAACCCUAGCCAUUCGCAUGGAUCGCCACUGCCUCAAUGCGGAGAAAUUGGCUGCUCAACUGGAGAAAAAUGCCCAAAUACAGCAAGUUAUCUACCCGUUUUUGCCUUCGCACCCCAACUUUCAGGUGGCGAAAAAGCAGAUGAAAAAGGGCGGCGGAUUGGUUGCUUUCGAGAUAAAGGGUGGGGUAGAGGCAGGUCGGAAGUUUCUAGAUAGUUUGCAAAUGCUCUCGCUUUCCGCCAAUCUUGGUGACACGCGCAGCAUCGCCACGCAUCCGGCUUCGACUACGCACGCCAAACUUACGCCCGAGGCUCGCGCCGCUGCCAGCAUCACGGAAGGCUUGAUACGUAUUUCGGUGGGCUUGGAGGAUAUAGAUGAUAUUUUGGGGGAUGUGCUUGGCGCUUUGGGGAAUACUGAUUUGUCCUGA